GGAGCGGCGGAGACGGCCGCCCCUGGCGGCGGGUUUGUUUAUCCCGGGGAAGAAGUUUAGGAGCCGGAGAUAGGGAAGGAGGGCGGGCCGGGGAGGAGGGAUGCGGUUCGGCGGAGGCGGCCGCCACAGGGACUCGCCGCCAUCACCUCAGCCGCCUCAGCCGGAGAGGAGCCGCCGCCGGGGCUGCCCGCCGCAGCCCCGCACGUCCGGAAGACGUGAGCCCGGAGGAAGAUGGCGGAAGAGUAAGACGCGGAGAUCACCUUCCUCCCCACAGGUACAUCAGAAAUUCAUCUACACGUGGAACAACUCCUACAGAACACCUACUGAACGCUGACAGAAGACCUCAGACCCCCUAAAAGUAAAGCACUCAACUGUGUGGGAUAUUGCAUAAAUCUUAGAAGACUGCAAUAAAGUGGCAAUGUCUCGGGAACCCACCCCACCUCUCUCUGGAGAUAUGUCUGCUGGUCCUAUAGCAGAAAGCUGGUGUUACACACAGGUUAAAGUUGUAAAAUUUUCCUACAUGUGGACCAUUAAUAACUUCAGUUUUUGUCGAGAGGAAAUGGGUGAAGUGUUAAAAAGUUCAACAUUCUCAUCUAGCCCCAGUGACAAAAUGAAAUGGUGCCUGAGGGUAAAUCCAAAGGGAUUAGAUGAUGAAAGUAAAGACUACUUGUCCUUAUAUUUGCUUUUAGUCAGCUGUCCAAAAAGUGAAGUUCGAGCAAAAUUCAAAUUUUCCCUUCUGAACGCUAAAAGGGAAGAAACAAAAGCAAUGGAAAGCCAAAGAGCAUAUCGAUUUGUACAAGGGAAAGACUGGGGUUUUAAAAAAUUCAUUCGAAGGGAUUUUUUGCUUGAUGAAGCUAAUGGUCUUUUACCAGAUGACAAGCUUACAUUAUUUUGUGAGCAUCUCCAGCACUGCUUGCAGAAGAGGAGGAAGCAUUGCACUGGCCUGCCUAAAGAACUGCCUCCUCCCCUCCCCUGCAAGUGGUGCUGUAGACAGGUGAGUGUGGUCCAAGAUUCAGUAAAUAUAUCAGGACAUACUAAUACAAAUACUUUAAAGGUGCCUGAAUGUCGACUAGCAGAUGAUUUAGGUAAUCUCUGGGAAAACACAAGAUUUACAGAUUGCAGUUUUUUCGUGAGAGGACAAGAAUUUAAAGCUCAUAAAUCUGUACUUGCAGCUCGAUCCCCAGUUUUUAAUGCAAUGUUUGAACAUGAAAUGGAAGAAAGCAAAAAGAAUCGAGUGGAAAUAAAUGAUGUAGACCCUGAGGUUUUUAAAGAAAUGAUGAGAUUCAUUUACACAGGGAAAGCGCCAAAUCUUGACAAAAUGGCUGACAACUUGUUGGCAGCUGCAGACAAAUAUGCACUGGAACGGCUGAAGGUCAUGUGUGAAGAAGCUUUGUGUAGUAACCUCUCAGUAGAAAAUGUUGCUGAUACCCUUGUCCUUGCAGAUUUGCACAGUGCGGAACAGUUGAAAGCACAAGCCAUAGACUUUAUUAAUAGGUGCAGUGUACUUCGACAGCUUGGGUGUAAAGAUGGGAAAAACUGGAACAGCAACCAAGCAGCAGACAUAAUGGAAACAUCUGGGUGGAAGUCCAUGAUUCAGUCUCACCCACAUUUGGUAGCAGAAGCCUUCCGAGCACUAGCAUCUGCACAGUGUCCACAGUUUGGUAUUCCACGAAAACGGCUAAAACAGUCUUGAAAUCUUCCAUGAACUAUAGAAAAAUGGAAUUGACUUUUACUCCUCCAGGUCCAGAAGGAUUCUAAUACACAAACCAUAAGCAAGAGUUGUUUCUGUUGUCUUGUCCACAGAACAGAAGCUGAGAAAGCAUACUGCUUGAAUUUCAGGUGGAUAGUUUAUGGUUUAUUCUUCAGCUUUAAAUUAGACUGAUUAUACUCUAAUUCACUUCAAGGCCUUAAAUUAUCUUCAGUGACUUCUCUUGUUCAUAUAUAUACUUUAAUUUUUUUAUUGUGCCUUGUCAUUGUGACCAAGGCUAUGCAGGAUUGCACUAGCUCCAUAAUGCAGUAAUAUUGAUAACUGAAGAUAAUAAGUUUCAAAAGGAUCUUCCAUUAGUUUGAGAAAGGCAAAUGGAUAUUAUAGGGUUUGUCCUAUGCUAUCAAAGUUUAAAACUAGGUUUUCCUUAAAAAAGCACUUGUAUUGGAGAUUACUGGUAAUGUCUCCAGUCUAAGUUCUAUAAAUACAGGAGAACCUGCUUACCUUCAAGGUAAGUUAUGGCAAUACACUGCUUCAAUUCUAAUUUAUUUUUUAUUUCAGGGGGCAAAUAUGCAAUGAGUUGGCCCAAAUUUUUAGUGAAAUUUGUAGUGUUUGUAUGUUAUCUGUCCAACAAACUAAGAGAAGCAUAACAAACCUUUGCUUGUGUUUCUUUGUGAGUUUAUCCAAGUUUAUAAUGAUUGAGAACUCAUUGAGGUUAAGAUUUCGAUAAGAAGAAAGCAUGUUUUGUGCUGAAUUAAUUUUUUUUUUAAUUUAUAGUGACCUACAUUUAUAUGAAGAAUUCUGUACAUGUUAAAAGUAAGGAUGGGGCCUCCCUGGUGGCGCAGUGGUUAAGAGUCCGCCUGCCGAUGCAGGGGAUACGGGUUCGUGCCCCGGUCUGGGAGGAUCCCAUAUGCCGCGGAGCGGCUGGGCCCGUGAGCCAUGGCCGCUGGGCCUGCGCAUCCGGAGCCUGUGCUCCGCAACGGGAGAGGCCACAACAGUGAGAGGCCCGCAUACCACAAAAAGAAAAAAAAAAAAAAAAAAAGUAAGGAUGACCAAAUGUAAAUUUAAUGAGUGGGCCAAUUAAGAAGAUAUAUAUGCACUUUUAAUGUGUAACUUUUUUAUACUGAAUGGUACUUUUUUUUUUUGCUUUUGAGAGAGUUGAUAAGGUAUAAUUAAUUGUCUUAGCUUUUGAAAGAAUUUUUAAGACAGAUGGAGGCAACUGGGAUGUUUGUGAUAAUAGAUAAGGAAGAUAUUCUCGAUUAUAGUUAAUUUGACUUCCACAUAUUCAUUAUUGAAUUCACGCCUGUUUAUCAUGCUUUGGAGAAGGCACCUGACAGUAAAUGAAUCCUGGACAGCCUACUCUCCUUCUAAAAGCAAUGAACUGCUAUUAUUUGCAGACUAAAGGAGAGAACCCUUAGAAAUAUGUCAGGCUACACUCUGAAACCUUUUUUCCUCCCUAGCUUUCUCCUUUCUGUCUCAGUUACUGUACCAACAUUGUGGAUGAUAGUGAAAUUCUGCAUAAUGUGAACAGGAUAAACUAUUUAUAAACUGCUUUUCACGGGCCAGUUCUUUAUUAUAAAUGAAUUUUAGCUUUAAACACAUACACAUCUUCAGUUUUUGAUAGCUCUGUUUACAACAGAAGUCUGUUCUGGUGCAUUGUCCUGGUGAAGCAGGAGCAAUCAGUGUCAAGUCACUGCAUCUGAUUUCCUGUGACAGUGGCAGUAUGCUUCUUAGGCAAGAUUUACAUUUGACCACAAGGGAAAAUUUUUUUUCACUGGAAAAAAAAUGCAUAUACCUAUAUAUUUACAUAUAUAACUUUAUUCUCCAGAUUAAAAUUUGUAUAAUUCGUUUAUUUCAUUUUUGAAUUUAGGACAAAAGGAAAAAGAUGAAGCAUGAAGUUUUAAAAUAUAUUUUAUUUUUGUUAUCUGUCUGUUAGGUAUUUACCGAAGCAAUCCUAAUAUACCAAGGGUGAUUCAUAUUUACAUUGAACAAACACUGUCAAAUAAUCAUUUGUUAUCCACAUCAAACUGGGUUUCAAAAAGAUCAUAUUUUCAGAUAUCUUCAUUUCUUCCUGUGUAGCUUGAGUCUUUGUUGUGUUAACCUAAAGUUGAAAUUGGAAGACUGCCUUCGGAUAGAAGAAAGAUUCUUACAUAUGAAUGGAUUCCAUCCUAUGUAAGAGUAUUAUAGGGAGCAGAAAUUCACUUCCUUAACUUCACCAUAAGAUUGAGCCCUUUAAAUUUAAAAUGUGCAAUUUAAAAAAGAAACCACACACACAUACAUAUACACUUAAAGAAUUUGAGAUUUUGCCAGGGUCUUAGAAGAAAACAAAAAUUUAUCCCUCAGGCCCUAGAAUUUUGUUGUCUUAUAUUAAAAAAAUACUGGUGUAUUCAUUUAUGUCAGAUGCACACAGGUGCAUUCUGAAUUAAUUCACUGCUUGGAUCUACAUUUCUAACCAUAGUGACUUCAGUGAUAACACCUAUUAUAAUGAACAUUUCAGCUUACCCUUACUUACAUACUUACUUUAGUGUUUGUUGCAGAUCUGAAGGGUUUUAUUAUAAAAUUUUUUUUUUUUAGUUUGGUAGCACAUUUUGUACCAAAAACGUCCAACACUGUGCUGUAAGAAUAUCCACAUUUGAAGAAAUGUCCACUUUUCAGAUAGUAUAUUCCUACCAUUAUACUAACAGGAUCAUAUGGUAGUUGAUUUAUUUUUUUUUAUUUAUUAUGUAUAUUUUUGGUAUUGUGGGUUCUUGAGACAAUGAUACAAAACUGUUAAUGUAUUCUAACGUGAGUGCUCUAAUAGCUUUUUUUUUUUUUAAUUUUUAAACUACAGACAUUGUUUUCGGUAGGCACAGAUUUUGUCCUGAGCAGUGUUGCCUUUUGAACUAAAGCCUGCUCCUGUUUCCCUUUGGUCACCUAAACAGAGCUUUUUCUUAGAAAAGUAGUAACUGGUCUUAAAUGUUCCAUAUUAUAAAAGUAACCAUUGGAGAACUGUUGUUUAGAUUGAGAUACAGAAACACUGUAUUUGUGCCUUUUUCAUUUUUUAAUAUUAAUGUGUAUCGGUAUUUGGAGCACAAAUAUGAAGGUGCCAUAACAUUAUGGCCUGCCAUUGUUACCUCCUUGAAUACUCAUGUGUCAUUGUCUUGAAAUAGUAAUUGGAGAUUCUUGCAUGUAUUCCGUGGUCAUUUGGGCAUGUGUGUGUGCGUGCGUGCGCGCGUGUGUGUGUACAUGUACUUGUAUUUGCUUGGACUUGUGUGUGGUAUGUUCAAAAGAGUGAAUUUCUGAAAAUAGGACUCAGUUAAAUGUUGAAAGUUUAGGUUAGUUGAAAUGUAUUCCAUUUAAAUGUGCUUUAUUUGAGGGGACAAUUGAGAGGAAAUUAUAAUUCAAAAAUGUGACCAAUUUACUGCAUGAUGAAAUGUGAAAACAGUGCCUUUUAAGGACAUCAAUUUUAAAAUUAAGUUUUAAAAUAUUAACAAAAAUCUCUUAAAAAGUUGUCAUGAACAUUAUUGGUUUAUUUUUAAACGAGACCUAAGUUAGAGCUUAAAUUGCCAAAAGUAUAGUUAUUAAUUUAUUUACCCAUUUGUUUUGUGCAUAAAUUUAAAACCUAAGCAGAACUGUUUAUAAAAUUGUGGAUCAUAGAUGCUACCCAGUGUUACUAAAAUAGAACACUAGGGACUUUGGUAAGUUGUUUUGUUAAAAUCCAGCUCAAGCUUUUCUCAAAACCAAGUCUACUUGAAGAGGUGAAUUGUUCUGAGUUGGAUGUUCAUGCUCUUUGAUGGAUAAAAUGAAAAUAUUCAAUGUAUUCUUGCAAAACAACGUGGGUGGUUGGGUUUUAGUGUUUUUCAGAUUAUAAAGACAGCACUUUCAACACACAUAAGAGUAUUUUGCAAACCUCUUUUAUACAGAUUAUGAGCUCUGGUUUAUUUAAGUGUUAAAUGGAAUGAUGUAAAUUUUAGGUCCAGUUGAACAAAUAUUGAGUGCCUACCAUGCGAGACUUCUUCACUAGGAAUGAAAUCACCACACUGUGUCUUCUGUUUGCAGUAUGUGGACUUUACAUUUGAAAAAGAAUUCUUAUAUUUAAAUCUUUUUCUGUUGUUAAGGGUUUAUCCUUGUAUACUGUAACCCAGUUAAUUUUUGCAUUCAGUUUUUUAGAAUGAAGAUAUAACUUAAGUGAGUCCCAUUUUUGAAAAUAAAAUUCUGCUGAAAUUAUUUAAAAAUCAGUUCUGGGGCAAAUUGAUUUUCAAGAUUCAAAUGUAUAAAGACAUUUUGAACUUU